AUGAGAAAUUACAUUGGAAAAGGGCAUAUCCUGUACACUGACAACUGGUAUACAAGUCCAGCAUUGGCAAGGUAUUUGCAUGAAAAUAAUGGUGGUGCUGUGGGGACUGUCAAAUCAAAUAGAAAAGAUAUGCCACAGUUUGAAAGAACACAAAAAGGCGAUGUGAUCAAAUACAAUACCCAUGACAUAAUAACAAUGAAAUGGCAUGAUAAGAGAGAAGUCCAUUUGCUCUCCACAGUCCACACAGGACAAAUGGUAAAUACCAACAAGAAGCACUGGAAAACAAAAGAAAUCAUUUGGAAGCCAGAUAUUGUUGUUGAUUACAACACAAAUAUGAGGUUCGUUGAUAAGGCAGAUAUGCAAAUAAGCACAGUGGACAGCCUGAGGAAAAGUACAAAAUGGUACAGAAAAAUUUAUUUUCACUUGAUGGAUAUUUGUAUGCUCAAUGCUUAUAAUCUUUACAUGACAAAAACAGGUGAAAGAUCAACUCUCAGAGCAUUCAGACUGAAUGUGAUAACAGAAAUGUUGAGAAGAUUUGGCCAGCAGGUGCCUACACAUUCACACUCAGGUAGACAGAGAGAUGCACUCCAGGGAUCACUGCAACGUCUAAAUGGUGGAGUGGCUUUUCAUUGCCCGGUUCACGUCCCUCCGACAGCAGCAAACCCGCGCAAGAUGGGACAGCGGGAAUGCAUAGUCUGCAAGACAACGACGAAAAGGGAGAAGAAACGUAAAUUGGUCACCACAAUGUGCCAAGGGUGUGAUGUUGGAUUGUGCCUUGGGGAUUGCUAUAGCCAAUAUCACUCCCUCAAAGAUUUGUGA